GAGCCAAAAGAAGAACUUUGGGAUUUGUUGUGUGUGAAAUGCGAACUGAAAGGACGGGUUUUGUGACAGAGAAAAUUACCACAUGUUCCAAACUUCCAUUGGAAAUGUGUCACACUGUGCGCUUCCACCUGCAAAACUGGGAAACCCUAUUGGAUUUCUUUUAUUUCUGAUAUUUUAAACACUUGGAUAAUUUUGCUUGGAUUUUCAAAAAGAAAAGCAGGAUUUAAGUAAUGAUUUACCUCAUCUGGCUUUUGUUUUUCACCAGGACAUCAGAUGCAGUCAUUGAUCUCAUCAUGACGUCAAAUGGGAGCAAUUCACAACAUUUUGCCCUCUACUGCAUAACCGGGGAGCGCGACACUGACGAAUUUCAGCUUAACAUCAAAAAAGACAACACUAUAAUGCGUAUGACAAACGAGCCCGGUUUCACUGUGCGGCAGCCUUACUCUAAUAAAGUGGUGGCCUCUGGUUUUAGUGGCAUGGAGCAGAAGGGCAUCUUUUACUGCCAUUUAAAGCAGGGCUCAAAUCACCAGACCACUGUCACCCUCAUCAACAACUACAAUAAAGUUCACUUCAGACCACAGAGUCUCUCCCUGGUGACAAACAAAGGAGACACAGUACAUCUGCUAAUGGACGUCGUGGGCAAGGAGGAAAGAGAUGUCACAUGGAAAUUUAAUGGGAAUUAUCACUACAUGACCUACUGGGGAGAUAUUGAAAAUCGGACAGCAGUUCUCACCAUAGAAAACGUUAAGCAAGCCAAUGCAGGGAUAUACAGUGCAAACUAUGUAGGAGAAACCCCACUCUUUGGAGCCUGGAUGCAACUAAUUGUUCGCGAUUGUACGAAGAACAAAUGGGGCACAAAUUGUGACAAGGAAUGUCCUGAAUGUCUUAAUGGUGGUGUGUGCCAUGACAAAGAUGGAGACUGCGUAUGUCCUCCAGGCUUUAUGGGAACACGCUGUGAGACAGCAUGUCGAGAGGGUAUGUUUGGACGAAACUGCCAGGAAUCCUGUAAGGCAGAAUAUGGAUGCCAGGGUAAAACCUUCUGCCUUGUUGAGCCUUAUGGCUGCUCCUGUGCAAGUGGCUGGCAUGGACACCACUGCAACAAACCCUGUCCUGAGGGAAUGUAUGGAGCUGACUGCCGUCUAAGCUGCAACUGUAAGAACAAGGGCAAAUGUAAUCGCUUCAGUGGCUGCCAGUGUCCUAGUGGUUGGAGAGGACAAUAUUGUGAGAAAUUAGAAAAUGCUCCACAAAUCCAUGGCAUGGCUAGAAACCUGGAGUGUAACCUCAACUCCAGCAAAAACAUCUUAUGUUCUGCUACAGGCAGUCCUCUUCCCAGCCACACCAACUUUGAGCUACGCAAGCCAGACAGCACAGUUCUUAAGGCCUCCCACACAACAAUGGACUCAAAUAAAAGCACAGCCCAGUUCGAGAUUCCACGUUUGACUGCUGAGCAUAGAGGGCUCUGGGAAUGUCGGGUUUCGACUAAGGGUGGGCAGGAUUUUUUCAAAUUCAACAUGACUGUUAAAGAGCCCCCAUGUCCAACCACACCUCCAAAACUGAUAGGGAAGGAUAGUAAACAGCUCAUUUUAAAGCCUUUGGAGAAGUACAAAGGUGAUGGGCCAAUUUUGUCUGUAAAGAUCCACUAUAAACCUAUGGAGUCAGAAAACCCAUGGGCUUCCAUUAUAGCGUACGGAGUUGAGCCUAUUACACUAAUGAACUUGAAGGCCACAACCAAAUAUCGAGUUCGUGUACAACUUACUCGACCAGGAGAUGGGGGAGAGGGGCCUUUUGGUCCAGAAGCUAUCAUGGAGACUGAUUGUCCAGGUCCCUCUUCUCCACGGAAUGUCCAGGCAAACCCUUUGUCCCUCAGCACCGUUCAGCUUCGCUGGGAGCCCCCUGAGAAUUCCAGUGGCGGCAUAGUGAAAUACGUUAUUGAAUACCAGCCAGUGGGCCAGGACAGCCUACUUCCAUGGGUGGACAGUGAUAAUGGAAACAAGACCACGAAGGAUGUGACAGCAUUAAAUGGCAGCACCUUAUACCAGUUUCGUGUGAGGGCUUUCUCAAAAGUACCUGGAGAGUGGAGCAAGUUUGUGCAAGCCAGAACCCAAGGAGAUGGACCUGCAAGCUUCAUUCCAACCACUCAGGGGGUUAAAAAGCCUAGGAAGGAGGAGCAUCAGCUGCUCUGGGCUGUGAUUGGCUCAGUGGCUAUCACUUGUGUUACUAUUAUGCUAGCACUUCUGGUCCUCUUCUACAUACGCAAAUCUAUUGUUAAACGUAGACGCACGUUCACCUACCAGUCUGGAUCAGGAGAAGAGACCAUCCUGCAGUUUAACUCCGGGACUCUCACACUGACUCGGAGACCGAAGCCUACCCCAGAGCCCCUAACCUACCCUAUUCUAGAAUGGGAGGACAUCAAGUUUGAGGAUGUCAUUGGUGAAGGGAAUUUUGGCCAAGUCAUUAAAGCCAUGAUCAAAAAGAAUGGAACUAAAAUGAGUGCUGCAGUCAAAAUGCUCAAAGAGUUUGCCUCUGAAAAUGAUCACCGGGAUUUUGCUGGGGAACUGGAAGUGCUUUGCAAGCUGGGCCAGCAUCCAAACAUCAUUAACCUUUUAGGAGCUUGUGAAAACAAAGGCUACCUUUACAUUGCUAUUGAGUAUGCUCCCUAUGGAAAUCUCCUGGAUUUCCUGAGGAAGAGUCGUGUUCUGGAGACCGAUCCAGCUUUUGCAAAAGAACAUGGCACUGCCUCUACGCUCACUUCACACCAGCUCCUGCAGUUUGCUGCAGAUGUGGCAACAGGCAUGCAUUACCUUAGCGACAAACAGUUUAUUCACAGAGAUCUGGCAGCCAGGAAUGUACUAGUUGGAGAAAAUCUGGUGGCAAAAAUUGCUGAUUUUGGACUCUCACGUGGGGAGGAAGUGUAUGUCAAAAAGACCAUGGGGAGACUUCCUGUACGAUGGAUGGCUAUUGAAUCUCUCAAUUACAGUGUCUACACCACAAAGAGUGAUGUCUGGUCUUUUGGGGUGCUCCUGUGGGAGAUUGUAAGUUUAGGAGGAACUCCUUACUGUGGGAUGACGUGUGCUGAGCUCUACGAGAAGCUUCCUCAGGGCUAUAGGAUGGAGAAGCCCAGAAACUGUGAUGAUGAAGUGUAUGAGUUGAUGAGACAGUGUUGGCGAGACAGGCCUUAUGAAAGACCACCAUUUUCUCAGAUAUCUGUUCAGCUGAACAGGAUGCAGGAGGCAAGGAAGGCCUAUGUCAACAUGGCUCUGUUUGAGAAUUUUACCUACGCUGGAAUAGAUGCCACUGCUGAAGAGGCCUGACUACUCGCCCCCCCAGAUUCUGGCAGGUUCCACAGUCCGAGAGAAGCUCAGCACAGCAGGGCAACACGUUACUGCCACCCCCCUGUUGUUCGAUUCCAUCGCUCGCAGAAGAGACACUCACCCGGGACCAUGGGUUGUAGAGGAAAGACUGUGAAAGGACACUUGUAGAGUCCCUGUUGCCUUCCGUUAAACUGUGGAUGAUCUCAUUGUUCAUUGUUAUACACUGGGCUUCAAAAAAGAGAUCAUAUUUGUCCUAAACCUGCUGGGAUCUGUGGGGAUUUUGACAACUCUGUGAAAAUAUUCUUCUCUAUUAUGAGAUGCCUUGUAACAUUGUUCCAAUGGAAAGACGUAUCAGUGCAGUUCAUAGAGAUGGACAUUGUUUUAUGUAGCAUUUAAUAUAGUGACAAAAAGCCAAGUGAAACAUUUCAGCACUACAUGUAUACUGUAUAUUUGACAUUUGCUGAUGUUCUAUGCUUGUAAAGUUUAAAUGGCUACAUGACUCUCUUAUAAACUCUUCCUGAUAGCGCACAUACCCCACUUAAUCUUAAUCUUCAUUCAAAAAAAGUGUCAGAUCCUGGAAAAAGUACUUUUAUCAAAUCUGAUGUCAAGUGAAUAAAACAGUUUACUUCGCUUACAGAUUUUAUAUAACAACAAGCUUAAGCUAACAGAAGAUUAUAUCAUUUUACAAUCUGGAUUACUUUCGUGACAACUGACUUUGUAUCUCUGUAAACUUUACUUCUGUAAAGUAUUCAUAAAAACUGUAUAAGCAGAAAUAUGAAACUCAGUUUAAAAGCCAGAGGAAAUAUACAUACAACUCUGCUUUUAGAGUAAGCAUUAAGCAGCUUUAUGGUGUAGUACUGUCACUACUAAAACAUUCACUAGUGUAUGUAGCAAUGUUUUACAACAUGUUUUCACAAUCAAUAUUUUUUUAAAUAAUCUUUUGAGGUUCUCAUGCUUAAUAUUUCUUUCCAGUUUAACACACACUUAACAGUUUAGGUCUCUCUGUCUCUACAGAAGCUGUGGUAUUGUAACACUUUUCGAUUUUUUAAUUCAGUGUAAAUGUAUAAGGUGACUAGAAGAGCUUAUGUAGGUGUUAUGUAUUCGUAUGAAUAUUAAAGCUAUGUUGUUUGCUUAGAAAACAUCUCAUCAAGUAGCUUCUCUAUGCAUAUAUUAGCAGUGAUAUCAGAUGCAAACAUGUUUGUACCUGGCUGCUUAUAUUAUAUGUACAGUUAUAAAGCAAAAAAUAAAAAUACUGGAAACUCCA